AUGUCAAGUGAUGAAGGGCAGACGUCAACAGACGAGUAUGGAUCCGACACCCCUGGAUCUUCUGAUGAACUCAUGGUUAAUGAUGAUGGCUACGAGCCAUUGUCGAAGACGGUGUCCCCCUUUGAACUGGAGCCCUUUCAACUCCCGUCUAUCAGCUACGCGAAGAUUGCGCGCGAUAACCCGGAGAGAUGGAACGAAGAAGAUAGGUUGGUUGAGGCUUUGAUGGCAUACGGUGCGUGCCGGAUUCGGGAUCAUGGAAUCUCCCAGGAGAAAUUGGAUCGGUGCUUUGAAAUGUCUCGAGCAUAUCAUAACCACCUGGUCGAAGACAACGAGUCAGGCAAAGGGAAGCUCAUGCCCACAAAGAUUCAGGGCCCCCUCGACAGCAAACUGGAGCAAGAACACGGCGCUCUGAAUCCGGCCUUAUACACAGACAGGCUCUUGUGCGUACAAGAGCUACAGCGUGCGUUGGGCAGUCUGUAUACCGAUUGUGGCUUGAUGGCCUGGAACAUCCUCGACAGUCUCUCAGGAGCCAUGGAGCUGCCGGUGCACUUGCCUUCGCUCAACAACGGCUCGGCCUGCUUCGAGCCUUCCUUCUACACCCCUGGCACAACCAACCCGGACGUGUGCUUCGGGCCAUGCAUCGAUCCCUCGCUCAUCACCCUGCGGUUUCAAGACCCGCAUGCCGGAAUCAAGAUCGCUGAUCUGAGGGAUCUGUCUGCGGACGGAAACCUGUCUGUCAAGAGAGUUGUUGGAUCAGCGACCUUUUACCCUGUUGCCGCGGAGCCGGGAGAGUGUCUCUUGUUUGCUGGCCAUAUUUUCAGAAAGCUUGUUCCGGCCAUCAAGCACGCUGUCUAUUGUAUUGAGCGCUCGGAGAACGGGGUUCAUUUGAAUUUCUGGCAUGUGCCGGGCGAAGACGUCAAGCUUCGUCCGGUUGGUGCUCGUCGGGGGGAGGGGGAGGUUAAAGACGAGGGGGAGGAUGAGGGGGGUGAUGAGGGGGAUGAUGAGGGGGAUGACGAGGGAGAGGAGGGAGAUAACGAGGAGGAUGAGGGAGAUGAGGUGGAAGAUGUUAGGGCGUACUUGAAGAGAGUGUCUCCAAACGAUUUGAAGGAUGGCCGGGGCGCAUGA